UUGACUUUUACUAUAAUAUAAUCUUUUGGCAUUGCAUAGUAAGGGUAGUUGGUUUUAGAUCGAGCGGAAUGAUGUGAUAUAAAUUCUAAAACUUAUGGAUUGGACGGCAAACUGAUAUUUGCUGAAUAAUUUUUUCUUGAUUUUUAAAAUUAAUAAAGAAGCCAAUAUAAAAUUUUCAUUAAGGAACAGUUAAUAUACAUAUAUAUAAUAGUGUGUGAAGUUAUGAACUUAAUAAAAGCAAUGUGAACACAAAAAAGAUUUUGUAUUUUAAGCAAUUAUACAUAUUAAGAGUUUUAGGACCAAAACAAUAUGGGAAAAGAUAAAAGUACAGCAAAUGUUUAAUGUAUUUUCUUUAUAUUCACAAUUAAAAUAAAUAAAAGAUAACAAUAAUAUAUGUAUGUCUAUUGAAACGUUCGAAUAUACCUUCCAAGAUGGGUGUAAUUUGGAAUGAAUUGUUUCCAAGUAAAUUAAGCAUAAUGAUAUUUAUUGGCUAUAUGUCAUUAUUUGUAAGUCAAGGUCUCUUAGUAACUGCAUCACAAGAAAAAAAUAAUUCAUAUACUUACGACACGGUAACUGUUGUGUUGCUUACGGAAAUAUGCAAGCUUUUGAUAUCUAUUACCUUAUAUUCACGAGAAAAUUCUCCCAAAAAUUUACUCAAAGAUAUUGCUAAAGAUUUAAAUGUAAUGAUGUUAUAUUUUGUACCGGCUUUUUUAUAUUGUCUUUACAAUAAUCUAGCUUUUGUUAAUUUAUCUACUUUCGACCCUACCACAUAUUAUUUAUUGUUGCAGCUUAGAGUAGUUGUGACAGGAAUUUUAUUUCAGAUAAUAUUUAAAAAAUCUUUAAAUCAAAGGCAAUGGUUGUCAUUACUAUUAUUAACAACUGGAUGCAUGAUUAAACAAAUAAAUUUUAGUCCCAUGGAGGAGAAGCAGUCUUCUACUAGUCCUCAUCAAACAACUCAAUCUUUUGAUGACAUUGAAGCAGAUCAUGGAAUGUCUUCAAAAAAUAUGAGAGGAUUUGAUUUGGGAAUCAGUACACUUUUUAUAUUAGCUCAGACAAUUUGUUCGUGUUUAGCAGGAGUAUAUAAUGAAUACUUAUUGAAAGAUAGAGGUUCAGAAGUUAAUAUUUUUAUACAAAACGUUUUUAUGUAUUUGGAUUCUAUAAUUUGUAAUGCUGUGAUACUUUUGUUGCAAGGAAAUUUGUUAAAUGCCCUUUCUUUAAAUAGUUUAAAGUCUUUAUGCAGAAUUACUGUAAUUAUUAUUAUUUUCAACAAUGCUGCGAUUGGUAUAGUUACCAGCUUUUUUUUAAAAUACAUGAACUCUAUACUAAAAACUUUUGCCAGCGCGCUGGAACUUGUUUUUACAGCAAUUUUAAGUUACAUAUUAUUUUCAAUACCGAUUUAUUUAAAUACUGCAUUGUCAAUUUUGAUUGUUUCAGUUGCUAUAUACCUGUACACACAAAGUCCCGUAGUGAACUUGGGAAAAAUUAAAUCUUACCAAGUAUCUGAAAAUAAUGUAUCUACAGAAAAAUUACUUACUGAUAACGAUAUAGAUGUUUAAACACAAGUAGAUAACAAUAUUUGAAAAAUGAUAGAUAUUGAAUUUAAAAAUGUUUUUUAUAUUAUUUUAAUAAUUUUAUCGCUCAUUAUUACACAUGCAAUGUACUAUAUGUACAUAUUCAUUUUUUGUUUUUGUUAUUUUUAAUGCUGAUAAUUUAAUUAAAAAUAAGUAUGAUAUAACAUUAAAGAUAAAAUUUAUGUUUUGAUAAAACUUUUAAAACGAUAUUCUUUAAUAGGUUUCAAGACAAAAUUACAUACGAACAAAAUUGCGUAAGACAAAUUUCUAGUAUAAAGUAUUCUAAAAAAGUAGGGAAUAGCAAGAAACAAAAUAUGUAACUUGUUUUCCUCAAUUUGUAAUAAAACUGCCCGUUCAUGGAACAAAAAAAAUUUCAUUUUAUAAUAAAAACAGGUCAAAAAAAAUUAUAUGCUAUAACUAUGUAUAAUAUUAUUUACGAAACUUUUUAAUUUCAAUUACCAUUCAAUAUUUAGAAUUGAACAAAUAAUUUACAAACAAAUAACUCGUGAAGUAACAUAGUAAUUGAGGUAUAGUUUAUUACACUUUGCUCAAUAAACAGAAAAUUAAACACAGGAAUCAAAUUUGAACAAAUAUUAAUAAAUAGCAUUUUAACUGUAUUAUUCGACUUAGUAGUAUGGCGAACAUAAUAUUGUUGUAAGUGCGUAGUACCAAAAAUUUUAUUACUUAAUUUAUUGCAAUUAGUUGCAAUAAAAUAUUUAUUAUUAAUAUAUUCAUACCAAAUAU